UUUACAGACAUUCUUUCUACAGAUGAACUUAAUAAUUCAAUGAAUUCGCUAUUUUAUAUAGCGCAAACUCAAAGUUUUAGUCAUGAACAUUCAAUUUUAUCGAAAGGACAACCACUUAGUCCCAAAUCUAGGAUUUUAUCUUUAGACCCGUUUCUCGACGAAAAUAAUUUAAUUAGAGUUGGAGGGCGUUUAAGUGCCUCUGACUACGCUUACCAAAAGAAGCACCCGAUACUUCUUGACUCGUCUCAUAUUUUGACUAAAUUAAUAUUUGAACAUGAGCACUUGCGCAGCAUGCAUGCCGGACCUCAACUGUUACUGGCUACUGUUCGAGAAACAGUUUGGUCUACUAAUGGUAGACAUAUUGCGCGACGCACUGUCUAUAAUUGUGUACGAUGUCGACGAGUGCAAGGCAAAACAUUAUGUCCCAAAAUGGGAAACCUACCAUCGCAAAGAAUUACUGCUGAUUUUCCAUUUUUAUCAGUUGGACUAGACUUCGCCGGGCCAUUUUACACAAUAAACCGUAAAGGUCGCGGAGCUAAAAUAACAAAAACUUAUUUAUGCCUUUUUGUUUGCCUACGAUACAAAUGCAUUCAUCUUGAGGCUGUGAGUGAUUUAACUAAAGACGCGUUCGAAAUGACCCUACGGAGAUUCGUGGCGCGCCGUGGCCGACCAGCGGAAAUAUUUUGCGACAACGGUCGAAAUUUUGUUGCCGCUGCCAAGGAACUCGGUUCUUUCCUAAACAAUAAUGUCAAUCCUCUUUCUGAGCUUGCAUCUCACGAAGGUUUCAAAUUUAUUUUUACUCCUGCUUACGCUCCUCACUUUGGCGGCAUUUGGGAAGCUGGGGUGAAAUCCGCUAAAUUCCACAUAAAACGUGUCAUAGGGAACACUCACCUUACUUUCGAAGAAAUUUCUACUCUUUUCGCACAAGUGGAGGCAAUUCUAAAUAGCCGUCCCUUAUAUCCCCUAUCAUCCUGUCCUAACGACUUCCUUUUCCUCUCCCCAGGGCACUUCAUCAUAGGAAGAGCACUGAAUGCACUGCCUGCCAAAGAUCUGACAGAUUUCAAGGAAGGUGGACUAAAUAGAUACAAGCGUCUAGAGCAAAUACGCCAGCAUUUUUGGCUGCGCUGGCAGAAAGAAUAUAUCGCUGAACUUCAGCUACGAACAAAAUGGCGAACGAACAAAGGCCAACUCAAUGUAGGAGAUCUGGUCUUACUACAAGAAGACUUCGUUCCACCGCUAAGUUGGCGCCUCGGAAGAGUAGUACGGCUGUUCCCUGGUGCAGAUGGAGUGUCUCGUGUAGCGGACAUCAACACUACGCGCGGCUGCAUCCGGCGUCCACUGGUUCGCCUGUGUCCACUACCCACGACGGAAGACCUUAAGAAGAGUUGAAAGAUCCCUUUCAACGGGGGGGAGUAUGUUGGCGCACGGGCGCAACAUUGCUAUUCAGCGUAUUCAGGCGCUUAACGUUUUAAAAUUAUUAAUUGUUCUCCUACCUCAUAUAAUUAACAUUGUACUUCGAUCAACGUAUUCGGCUUAUCAACAUCAAAAUUGUAUCCAAAUUGCAUUAAACUGUUAAAAGUGAA